UACAUACCUGCCACAGUUACCUACCUGUUCCUAGGCAGCUCCGAGGACAACACUACAACAAUACCGUCGUCAUGCCUCAAGAAGCGUCCAAAAUCUCCGACCCCGAUACGACCGCCGCUGCCGCCGAGGAGGUCGUCGCCGAAUCCAGCAAAGACAACGAAGCUCAUGUAUCUGAAGAUGAAAGCGGUGACGAGGCCACAGAAACCGUAGAGGGAGCAGAUGGAGCUACAGAGAAGAAGAAGAGCAGAAAGCGCAAGAUCAAGGACGCAAUUUCAGGCAAGGGAAAGGCGCAUGAGGCUACAGAUCUGAAUGCGCCGGCUGCUGGGCAGUUGGGCAAGGACCAGAUGAGCAUGUUGCUGGAUGCCAACCCUGCGCUGAAGAACCAGCUCUUAUCUAAGGCAAGCAAUAGGGCAGAACUGGAGGCUAUGAUCAAGAAGCUCAACAUCAACGAGAUGUUGACCGGGUUGGCACCUCAAGGCGCCACAAAGGAUAUGGCCGACCACGCGUUCUGGAAGACACAGCCCGUACCGAGCUUCGACGAAAUGGCUUCGAAGGAGCGGAUAUCUGACGGUCCCAUCAAGGAGAUUGAAAUCGAGAAGGUAGACAAGAACCCAAGCCCCAUGUACCCGGGUUUCGAGUGGGUUACUAUGGAUCUCGAGGACGCAAAGCAGCUUGACGAGGUGUACGAUUUGCUCACAAACCACUAUGUCGAGGACAAGGAUGCUACCUUCCGCUUCAAGUACUCGCCGUCUUUCUUGAAUUGGGCACUCAAAGCACCUGGCUGGAAGAAGGAAUGGCACGUCGGUGUACGCGCAACAGCCUCCGGCAAACUUGUUGCUUUCAUCUCCGGCAUCCCUAUCCAGCUGCGGAUACGCGACAACGUGCUUAAAAGCUCGGAGGUCAACUUCCUCUGCGUCCAUAAGAAGCUUCGUUCGAAGCGACUAGCUCCUGUCCUGAUCAAGGAGAUCACUCGCCGCUGCUACGUCGAAGGUACGUUCCAGGCGGUUUACACCGUUGGCUCGCUGCUUCCAACACCGGUCUCGACAUGUCGCUACUUCCAUCGCGCUCUCGACUGGGAAAAGCUGUACGAUGUUGGCUUCUCGCCCCUACCACACGGAAGCACAAAGCUGCGACAGAUCAACCGUUACAAACUGCCAGGAACCACAUCAACAUCGGGGCUGCGCAAGAUGGAAUCCAAGGACGUACCUCCUGCACUUGACCUUCUGAGGCGCUACCUCGAGCGCAUGGACAUGGCCCAGGUCUUCAAUCAGACAGAGUUCGAGCACUGGAUCUGUCCCAAGGAGGAGCCCAAAGAGCAAGUCGUAUGGAGCUACGUCGUCGAGGAUCCCGACACAAAGAAGAUCACAGACUACUUUUCCUUCUACAACUUGGAGAGUACUAUCAUUGGAAACAAGAAGCACGACACUAUCAAGGCCGCGUACCUCUUCUACUACGCGACGGAAGUUGCGUUCGAAAAGGACGAGGGUAAACUAAAGACAAGGCUGAACUCGCUCAUGAAGGACGCUUUGAUACUUGCGAAGAAGGCUGACUUCGAUGUUUUCAAUGCGUUGACUCUCCUUGAUAACCCGCUCUUCCUCGAGGAGCAGCGCUUUGGAGCUGGAGAUGGCUCUCUUCACUACUACAUGUACAACUACCGCGCAGCGCCCAUCGCAGGUGGCAUUGAUCAAAGGAACCAGGCGAGCGUCAAGCACAUGGGUGGUAUCGGUUUGACGAUGUUGUAAACCUACCGUCUACAUCUUCGAAAUCGCAUGCUUAGGUAUGCUCCCGUUGAAAAAGAAGGCCAUGAGUAGAACUUGAUCUAGCCAGGAAAGUAAAGACAUGCUGAAGGAAGAGAAGCAACCACUCAAGGCUCCCUUGCUGCGUAUCGCAUGAAUUGUUGGCAAGGGUAGGCCCCAAAACUCAAUUCGAAUGACAAUAUGAAGGUCGACAGCGAUCGCAAUAUCCCCACACAAACUGUCCGCACUCGCCCGUCCAUCUGCCGUGAUCUAGAGGCGCCGCCGCUAUCAUAAUGUUAUUUGGAUCGGGUGGCAGUAACCUAAACGCCGGUCUCGAUGUGCUUUAACCAAUCGCAGGCCAAAACACCACAUUCCU